CGCCUACUGUCAACUUGGUCUGGACUGUGGACCAUCACCAUGGCGCCCAGGCCGUCAGUCAUUCUGACCCCACACAGCCUGUACUUCCGGGUUAGGAGCUGAGUUAAUGACGGCGCUGAGACUGGCGACAGUAUGGCGGACCGCAUAGGCCAAAAUAGUGAUGAUGAAACCUACGAAAUAGUAGAUCUGAGGGAGUAUUCAGGACAAAACGAGUGGUGGGGUCGUGUUUUCGGGCAGAGUUCUGGUCCAGUUGCAGAGAAAUAUUCUGUAGCUACUCAGUUAAUGAUGGGUGGUGUAACUGGCUGGUGUGCAGGCUUUGUAUUUCAGAAGAUUGGCAAGCUGGCAGCUUCAGCCAUUGGAGGUGGAUUCCUUUUGAUGCAGGUUGCAAAUCACACUGGCUAUAUUAAAGUGGAUUGGAAAAGGGUUGAAAAAGAUGUAAAUAAAGCCAAACGACAAUUGAGGAAAAAAGCAAACAAAGCUGCUCCUGAAAUCAACACCUUUAUUGAAGAGUCAGCUGAAUUUGUAAAGAAGAAUAUUGUGCUAACAAGUGGUUUUAUUGGAGGCUUUUUAUUGGGACUGGCUUCCUAGGAAUUUCUGACAAUGCAGACACUGACAACAGUUUGCUCCUGAAAAGCUCCUGAAAAGCUCCUGCAAGCAUCGAAUCAACAAUGCAUGCAGAUCAGCAUUGCAGCACAUUGGAAAGUUCCAAUCACUCAACUAAGUAUUAAAAGGACAAAAAUAAUGAUCCUGUACUUGUAAUUUUAAAUCAUCGUAAGAAGGCAUUAAUUUUUGAGUUUUUGAUUGUAGAUUUUUCUUGUUAUCAGUUCAUGCUGUAAAACUUUUUUGCAAGCCAAAAAUGUUGUAUAUUCUGUUGUUUAAACCUUUUACAUAGUAUUUAAGAAGAGAUCUAAUUUAUAUAUAAAUGGCUUAUUAUGACUAUCUCUAAUUUAGUCUGAGGUUGUAUAUCUACACAUAAAGCUUCAAUUCUUUUUUCUUAUUAUUGAUUAAAACCUACGUUAGAUUUCACAAAUUAUUAUAAAGAUAAAACAAAAAUAACUUAGAAAAUGUGUUUAUAUUUAUACUCAUUCUAUCUAACCUGUUUUGAAAUGCUCUUAAGAAAAACAUAGUUGGUUGAUACUACUCAAUCUUGUGUUAAAUACCAGUUUUUAAAAAAUCAUUUAAUUGGUUGUGCGUGUUAGUAACCAUUGUUGCCGUUUUAAUGGACAGUGUUUGUUUCAUCUACCUGACUUGAAUUAAUCAGAGCAAAUUAUUUUUAAUUUAAUGGCUGUACUGCAGGAUUGUACACGAUAAAUGGUCUUUCCCAAUAAUAUAACCAAUCAUGCAAAAUAA